AUGGUAACCAUUCUUGCUGUGUGCGCAGAGUCUCUUUGGCUGUCUCGAUAUCGUGUCGGGCUGUGUGACCUGUUGUUGCUCCUCGGGCUCGCGGUUCCUGAGCUGGCCGCUGGGCAUUGUCGUGCGCAGCUCGAUCCUCGUCGUCCAUCCGUGGGCACGCGGCAUCGCUUGGCGACGUCAUCACUCCCCCUCUGUAGCUUGUGCCAGCAGUUUCAAAACGACGGCGUCGUCGGCAUUGACUUGAUGCUGCCGUAUGAAGGGUACUGUGGAAAGCAAAUGUUCAUGUCGAAAAUCGAACAUCAACGCGAUGCGCAGCAGUUUCCUCCCGCAGGACGAAAAGGUAGCGCUGAUGAAGGACCUGCUGGAGAACAUCGGCAUCCGAAAGCGCAACGCUAGACGCCCCCUGUGACGCCUCCUUUGCCAUGGACGGAAAACUGUUCAAAUGAUCAUCCUCAUUUUAUAUGUAUUGUUAAGUUAAUUUAAUAAAAUAUUUAAUUUGUGUGUCGUAUGUGAAUAGUUGCUGUCGUCGUGAUCGUAAAU